CCCAUAAUGAAACCAAAAUAUAAAGUACAGUAACGGCGAUGGACACAAAUUCUCAGCUCUAUCCACUUCCAAGAAUAGCACAACGAUCGAGCUACGAUAAUCAUGGGACCUCUGAGCGCCGGAAACAUCAUCAGAACUGCCGGUCGAGCAGUCUCCAGAGCCGGCGUCGCCAGUGCCGGUGUCGCGAACCGACCUUCCUCUCCGACGUCCAGUUCCCGAGCCACGCACCGGCACGGCGGCUCCGCUAAUUUCCACGGCCUGUCGUUGAGCUCUUCUCUUAGCCACUCUCCGCUUUCCGCCGGCUGGCAUUUCUGCAAUCCCUACUGCGAUGAGUUCGAGUGGAUUUCUGAGGACGGAAUCGAGACCGAAAAUAUCGCUAGGGUUUCUGAGGAGGACGCAAAUGGAUGGUCUGUUCCUUCCUUGGAUGAGGUUCAAGGCGCCGUCUCUGCAAUUAACCAGGUUUUUGGCCAAGAGAAGGAUGAACUGGGUCGGGUCGGGAUGUAUACGGGUUUGGUAAACCGGGCUUCUCCAGUUGGGUCGGAGGUGGAUUGGAUUGAGCCGUGUUUGGAGCUGCAAUUGGGCGCGCGUGGCGUUGAAAGGGUUUAUGAUGCUUUUCAAUUAUUGCAGACUGACCCUUCAGUUCAGAGAAUGGUUAUGUCGGUAUCAUCGGAUAAAGCGGUUUGGGAUGCGAUUAUGAACAAUGAAGCUGUGCAACAGCUGAGGAAGUCAUUCUACGAAGCAAAAGACGACACUGUCGGGACUUCGUUGGAAAGCUCUCCCGAUAAGGGUUCCGAUGAACCGACAAACGUCGUGGUGUGGAUUUUGAAGAACAUGAAGGCGAGAGUGAUGGAAGUAAUUGAGAGAAUGAGAGAGGUGAUGAAGCAGAUGUUUGAGAGUGGGAAGGAUGAUGAUGAUGAUGAUGAUGGGGAGAAAAGGAGAGGAGAAGGAAGGGAUGUGUUUGAGGAGAAGCUUAGAACAUCGUUCUUGAUAUCCAUUGUUGUGCUGCUUGUGGUGAUGGUGAGUCGAGCUCAUACAUAAAAUAAGCCUUUCCUCCAUGAAUUUGACGACAUCAAAUCUUCUUCUUUUUUCUUUUUCUUCUAAGUUCUCAGAUUGGAUAUUGGUAAUUUGGCAGUCUGAACUUUCUUUUAACUUAAGUUAUAUUCAUAUUUUUGUUCAUA